CGCGCUGCAGUGCCUUCCCCACCUCGGCCCCGCCCGCCCCCGCCGAGCCGAGCACAGGGCGGCGGCGGCGGCGGCGGCGACGGCGGCGGCGGCUGCUGGAGCAGCCCGGGAGGAGGAGGCGGCGAGAAUGGCAGCGGCGUCGUGGGCGCGGCGGAGAUGAGCGCCCGCGACCCCGGGCCCAGGGCGGCACAGCCGGAGUGGGCGGGGGUCCCGAUGCAGGCCCGAGGGGGGCCAUGGGGCAGGUCCUGCCGGUCUUCGCCCACUGCAAAGAAGCUCCGUCUACAGCCUCCUCAACUCCUGAUUCCACAGAAGGAGGGAACGACGACUCCGAUUUUCGAGAGCUGCACACAGCCCGGGAAUUCUCAGAGGAGGACGAAGAGGAGACCACGUCGCAGGACUGGGGCACCCCCCGGGAGCUGACCUUCUCCUACAUCGCCUUUGAUGGUGUAGUGGGCUCUGGGGGCCGCAGGGAUUCAACUGCCCGCCGCCCCCGCCCCCAGGGCCGCUCAGUCUCGGAACCACGAGACCAGCACCCUCAGCCCAGCCUGGGCGACAGCUUGGAGAGCAUCCCCAGCCUGAGCCAAUCCCCGGAGCCUGGACGACGGGGUGAUCCUGACACCGCCCCUCCAUCCGAGCGCCCUCUGGAAGACCUGAGGCUUCGGUUGGACCAUCUGGGCUGGGUGGCCCGGGGAACAGGAUCCGGGGAGGACUCUUCCACCAGCAGCUCCACCCCGCUGGAAGACGAAGAACCCGAAGAACCCAACAGAUUGGAGGCAGGAGAAGCUGGGGAAGAACUGGACCUACGACUGCGACUUGCUCAGCCCUCAUCGCCCGAGGUCUUGACUCCCCAGCUCAGUCCGGGCUCUGGGACACCCCAGGCCGGUACUCCGUCCCCAUCCCGAUCGCGAGAUUCUAACUCUGGGCCCGAAGAGCCAUUGCUGGAAGAGGAAGAAAAGCAGUGGGGGCCACUGGAGCGAGAGCCAGUAAGGGGACAGUGCCUCGAUAGCACGGACCAAUUAGAAUUCACGGUGGAGCCACGCCUUCUAGUGGCGGACCUGCUGUACUGGAAGGACACGAGGACGUCAGGAGUGGUCUUCACAGGCCUGAUGGUCUCCCUCCUCUGCCUCCUGCACUUUAGCAUCGUGUCCGUGGCCGCGCACGUGGCUCUGUUGCUGCUCUGCGGCACCAUCUCUCUCAGGGUUUACCGCAAAGUGCUGCAGGCCGUGCACCGGGGGGAUGGAGCCAACCCUUUCCAGGCCUACCUGGAUGUGGACCUCACCCUGACUCGGGAGCAGACGGAACGUUUGUCCCAGCAGAUCACCUCCCGCGUGGUCUCGGCGGCCACGCAGCUGCGGCACUUCUUCCUGGUAGAAGACCUCGUGGAUUCCCUCAAGCUGGCCCUCCUCUUCUACAUCUUGACCUUCGUGGGUGCCAUCUUCAAUGGUUUGACUCUUCUCAUUCUGGGAGUGAUUGGUCUAUUCACCAUCCCCCUGCUGUACCGGCAGCACCAGGCUCAGAUCGACCAAUAUGUGGGGUUGGUGACCAAUCAGUUGAGCCACAUCAAAGCUAAGAUCCGAGCUAAAAUCCCAGGGACCGGAGCCCUGGCCUCUGCAGCAGCCGCAGUCUCCGGAUCCAAAGCCAAAGCCGAAUGAGAACGGUGUCUCUGCCCUCAGGACGCCUGCCCCCACCCCCCGCAGCCCUCUGCCCUCCUCCAUCUCUUGUCCGUUCCCACCCACCCCCCUCCUCGGCCCGAGCCUUUUCCCGGUGGGUGUCAGGAUCACUCCCACUAGGGACUCUGCGCUAAUUACCUGAGCGACCAGGACUACAUUUCCCAAGAGGCUCUGCUCCAGGAGUCCAGGAACGACGAGGCACCUUGGCCGCGGGCCCUGCUGGGACUUGUAGUUGCCUAGACAGGGCACCACCCUGCACUUCCGGACCCGCCGCUGGAGGCGCCGUGAGGCGUUGGUGUCUCCUGGACGCUACUAGCCCCAACGCCGGGGCUUUGCAUGGGGCCCAGGGGAGGCCUGAGCUUGGAUUUACACUGUAAUAAAGACUCCUGUGGAAAA